AUGGACACUGGGAUGCUCAAGCAUGAAGUUGGCGAAAUGAACAGAAGAGUUUCUGGCUAUGAGGAAGGGAACCCAAAAUUCUCACGCCACUCUGGUGGAUCCCAGAACUGGACAACUGCUGCGAAACUAACAGAGCUGCAGAGGAACACAGUGCCAUUGGAUGAGUUCAGACAAGGCACUGAGUACCAGCCGUACAACCUACAGAAGCUCAGAUUGAGUGUGCUGCACAGAGAAGGCACCGAACCUUCCAGAAACCGCCUGAUGAGCGUGAAUGCCGGUCUACUCAAAGAAAACCAAAAUAAGAUGGACUCUUCUGAACAUAAGGAGAACCACAAAGCAGUUCCUGUUGAGAGCCGUAGGCAGGGAACAGAACCUUCCAGGCGCUUCCUGAUGGACAUGGACACUGGGAUGCUCAAGCAGGAAGUUGGCGAAAUGAACAGAAGAGUUUCCGGCUUCUACAAUCCUCCAGCUUAUGAGAUGAGGAAGGGAACCCAGAAUUCUCACGCCACUUUGGUGGAUCCCAGAACUGGACAACUGCUGCCACCUCUAACAGAGCUGCAGAGGAACACAGUGCCAUUGGAUGAGUUCAGACACGGCACUGAGUACCAGCUGCACACCCUGCAGGAGCUCAGGAUGCAUGGCAUUGUGAGACCCCAGUACAGCGCUUAAAACGUGUAUGAAAGUCACUGUGUUCAGAAUAGAUGAGAGCUGGUGGACAAUGCUUGGCUGUGUUCGUACCCUAUGACUGCAUGAAGACCAUCUCAAGAUCUUUGGGUUUUACUAAAGCUGUUGCCAUCAUAUAUGUAACUGUCCAUCUAGUUGACUUUGCUGUUGUAUUCAGAGGUUUCAUGCAAUAAAAGUGUCAUGCAAUAUUUGGAAUGACUUCACACGUUACAUCUACAAAAUAAAUGCAUUAACAAAAUCUUAUUUUUGGUUUGUUAAA